AUGGACGUAUGCAUCGUCGUCAAAGCGUGUAAUUUUGCAGCUGAACGUCAUCGCUUACAGAGACGGAAAGAUGCUUUGCAGACGCCUUAUAUCAAUCAUCCUAUUGGUGUUGCGAACAUAUUAUCCUCAGAAGUUGGUGUGACAGACAGUGCGACGAUUGCAGCAGCACUGUUGCAUGAUACUGUUGAAGAUACAUCUACUACUUUCCAGGAAAUCAGUAGUUUAUUUGGUGAAGAGAUUAGUCAAAUCGUGCAAGAAUGCACCGAUGAUAAAAGUUUACCAGCCUCUGUACGGAAACAGCUACAAAUUGAAAAUGCGGCAAAACAUUCACAUAAGGCAAAAUUAAUUCACCUCGCCGAUAAACUGUAUAAUUUGCGGGAUUUGGAACGUGAGACACCGGUUGGAUGGAGUACACAAAGGGUAAAAGAAUAUUUUAUAUGGUCGAAAGCAAUUGCUUCAGAAUUAAAAGGAACUAAUGAAGCUCUGGAAGUCGCCCUUGAUGAUGUCAUUAAUAGGUAUUUGUACAAAUGA